CAGGCCAUGUAUAUGCAUGUGUGUACGUACGUGUACCUUAGUUAGUGGGCGCGGGGCCGGGGAUUUUGGCGUGAGAGUGUUGUGAACUUGUGCGGUUGAGCGGUGUCUUAUCUUCUUAAUUUCAUUCAGUACAUUCAGCUAUUUUGGGUGACAAAACAAACAGACCUUUAUGAAUGGAUCACGACGACUGACUGGAAUAUAAUAAUUUAAUAACGUUUUUGAAAAUUUUGGAGCGGUUCGAUCUCGGUUUGAAGGCGAGAUUGCGACCGUAAAUUUGCUGAGUUAUGUUUACCGGCGAUCGAGGGAGUAGCCCCGGUGCCGGAUCGGCAUCGCCAGCAGCCAGGGACCGGAGAGACUAGAGCGGAGUAGAGUCUGUGUCUGGAAAGAACUGAGUGAAGACUGUGAAGUGAAACCAAGAUCAUCUAGAUUGUAAGAAGAACUUCUGUUCUCUGAUUGAUCCGAUAUACCAGGAUGGGUUUUUGUCCAGGGAAUUCUAGUCUUGUUCCAAUCUGGGUCAACCAUGGACUGUCCAGAUGCUUCAUGGAGACCUUGAUAUCAUCUGUCAUGUUCUUUAUUGUCGUUGUUCUGGGAGGAAUUCAGGUUUUAGUAUUCUGUAAACGUGCACUUAGGAGGACACGGCGGUUCCGCACCAACCCUUUCUGGUUUCGCCUCCAAAUCUUCUUGUCCAUUGCCAUGAUAACCCAAUACAUCCUUCGCAUAGUGAUGUAUGCUGUCUUCGAUGAACCUCUUAGCGGUGACAUUGAACUGGCCACCUGUUUCUACAUUGCUUCCUACAUUGUUUCCUUCUUUGUUAUUGCCAUCGAGCGUACAAAGUUCCUGGGCAAUCAAGUACAUGGUCAUGGAUUCAUCCUGCUGCUCUUCUGGUCCUUGGCUUUCCUCAGUGAGAACCUGGCAUUCAUAUCUUGGGGAAGUCCGCACUACUGGUGGAAGUUGGAUACUCAGUUUCACCAGGCAAUGUUUGGCCUCUGGCUGGUACGCUACGUCAUCACAUUCUGUCUGUUUGUUCUUGGUCUUAGAGCACCAGGGCUGCCCAAGAAGAGCUACAUGCUUAUCAUCAAUGAGGAUGCUGAAGAUCCAAUUGAAAAGACACCUCCGAGUAUUGCAGAAAACCAUUCAACAUGGGCCAACAUUGUGACGAAGGUACGCAUCUUAUGGCCCUAUAUUUAUCCCAAAGGAAGCUUCUUGCCACAGCUCUACUUACUUGUCUGUGUCCUUAUGAUGAUCGCAGGACGGGUUAUUACUGUGUAUAUUCCAAUCCUCAGUAAAAACAUAGUUGAAGCCCUUUCCAGAGAUCCUCCAUUAUUUCCAGUGAGAUACAUCAUGUACUAUCUCGGAUGUAGGGUUCUUCAAGGAAGCGGUGGUAAAUACAGCAUGUUUACUUCUAUUCGUUUUGUGCUGUGGGUUCGAAUUAAACAAUAUACCAUGAAAGGUCUGAAGGCCAGGCUAUUAGAUCAUCUUCACAAUUUGUCUUAUCGCUGGCAUCAGAAUCGCAACACAGGUGAAGUCCUUAGGAUGAUGGACAGAGGAACACAAAGCACCAAUGAAGUAUUUGGCUACAUUGUCUUUGACAUCCUUCCAACAUUUGCUGAUCUCUUUAUAGCUGUGGUCUACUUCUACAGUGCAUUGAGUGCAUUGUUUGGCCUCAUCAUGUUUCUGGCACUCACCAUGUUCAUAACUGAACGAGAAGUUGGACAGUAAAUUUUGUCGGUACUAUUGCCCUUACGGAAUGGCGAACCAAGUUCAGACGGAGGAUGAAUAUCAAAGACAAUAUCGUGUUGCACAGAGCCACAGACUCUUUGCUUAAUUUUGAAACAGUGAAACACUACAACAAUGAAUCAUUCGAGGUGGACAGGUAUCGUGAGAGCAUCACAGACUUUCAGGUCAGCUUUCUUUCGUAUCUGAAUAAACGAGUAGUGGAAGUAGUAGUGGUGGUGGUGGUGGUGAGUGGUAGUAGUAGUCGUCGUCGUCGUCGUCGUCGUCGUCGUCGUCGUCGUCGUCGUAGUAGUAGUAGUAGUAGUAGUAGUAGUAGUAGUAGUAGUACGUAGUAGUAGUAGUAGUAUAGUAGUAGUAGUAUAUAGUUGUAGUAGUAGUAGUAGUAGUGGUUGUAGUAGUAGUAGUAGUAGUAGUAGUAGUAGUAGUAGUAGUAGUAGUAGUAGUACGUAGUAGUAGUAGUAGUAUAGUAGUAGUAGUAUAUAGUUGUAGUAGUAGUAGUAGUAGUGGUUGUAGUAGUAGUAGUAGUAGUAGUAGUAGUAGUAGUAGUAGUAGUAGUAGUACGUAGUAGUAGUAGUAGUAUAGUAGUAGUAGUAUAUAGUUGUAGUAGUAGUAGUAGUAGUGGUUGUAGUAGUAGUAGUAGUAGUAGUAGUAGUAGUAGUAGUACGUAGUAGUAGUAGUAGUAUAGUAGUAGUAGUAUAUAGUUGUAGUAGUAGUAGUGGUUGUAGUAGUAGUAGUGGUUGUAGUAGUAGUAGUAGUAGUAGUAGUAGUAGUAGUAGUAGUAGUAGUAGUAGUAGUAGUACGUAGUAGUAGUAGUAGUAUAGUAGUAGUAGUAUAUAGUUGUAGUAGUAGUAGUAGUAGUGGUUGUAGUAGUAGUAGUAGUAGUAGUAGUAGUAGUAGUAGUAGUAGUAGUAGUAGUAGUACGUAGUAGUAGUAGUAGUAUAGUAGUAGUAGUAUAUAGUUGUAGUAGUAGUAGUAGUAGUGGUUGUAGUAGUAGUAGUAGUAGUAGUAGUAGUAGUAGUAGUAGUAGUAGUAGUAGUAGUACGUAGUAGUAGUAGUAGUAUAGUAGUAGUAGUAUAUAGUUGUAGUAGUAGUAGUAGUAGUGGUUGUAGUAGUAGUAGUAGUAGUAGUAGUAGUAGUAGUAGUAGUAGUAGUAGUAGUAGUACGUAGUAGUAGUAGUAGUAUAGUAGUAGUAGUAUAUAGUUGUAGUAGUAGUAGUAGUAGUGGUUGUAGUAGUAGUAGUAGUAGUAGUAGUAGUAGCAGCAGCAGCAGCAGCAGCAGCAGCAGCAGCAGCAGCAGCAGCCAGUGUAGUAGAAGUGGUUACUUUGCAGCAGAGCUGCCAACCAUUAGGAAAAAAGGCUAAUUAUUAUGCUUUUCACACCUUAAUUGCCCCCUCAAAAAUUGUUCAAGACUAUUUUGGGGAUGCAUGCAUGGGUAUGCGAUUAUGAUAUUACACAAGUGCAUGUCAGACCCCGAAUUCCUCAAAAACAUGACUGAUUUCAUUUAUAAAUCCAAUUUGAAUUCUCACCAAAAUUUGUAUCUGUAUCAUUAUUUGUACUUUUUGUUAAUGAUUGGAAAAUUAUUGACAAUAAUGCCAUUAAAAAAUUAUUGACAAUAAUUCCAUUAAAAAAUAAAAAACAAAAAGUAAAAAAAACGUACAUAAGAAAUUCAAAAAAAUUAAUAUUUCCAUACUUGAUUUUUUUUUCUUCUAAUACCGAAUGCAUUUGAUCAGAAUCCCUGAAAUAAAAAAAGCAGAUCAAAGGCUUUAUAAUUGUAGAUUUAAACCUAAAUUUGUAUUUCAUGCACUAAACUUGGUGUAAUUCAUUUAAAUGAAAUAAAGCAUAUUGAUUUAAUGAAAUUAAACUUUUAAACCCCAUAGAUUAUGUCAUUUUCUACCAUUGUGCGAAUUUUUGUUCCCCCCCCCCAGAUCGGCAAGACUCAAUACCUGGGACUACAUGUACAUGUAUGAGGAUUAAUUAAACUUGUAAAAUGUC